AUGAUACCUUUCCAUGAAAAUGCAAUCAUCGACCUAAUUCAUUUUAUAUAUGACACCAACACUUUACAAAAUCCAUAUGCUAUUAAUCUAUCUGAAAAAGCAAUAGUCUGUCCUAAGAAUGAAACAGCGGAGGAAAUCAACAAGAAAGUACUUAAUAUGGCUCCUGGAAAGACCACAACUUACCUUAGUACAGACUCAAUUGUUCCUCACACUGGCGAUCAGGGAGAUACUGAAGUGCUCUAUCCAACAAAAUAUCUCAACACCCUUACCUUUAAUGGAAUACCGCCGCACCAACUAGAACUUAAAGUUGACACACCUGUAAAGUUGUUACGCCACCUAAAUCAAAGUGAAGGCUUAUGCAAUGGAACCAGACUCAUUGUAACACAAAUGCUGCCAAGAAUUAUCGAAGUAGAAGUCAUGACAGGCACAACAAUUGGCAACCGUGUUUACAUACCGCGUAUAACACUAACACACACCGACAAAGAGUUACCAUUUGUGUUUAAGAGAAAGCAAUUCCCACUUAAAUUGUGUUAUGCAAUGACUAUAAACAAAAGCCAAGGACAAUCAUUAAACAAAAUUGGCAUUUACUUGCCACAACCCGUUUUCACCCACGACCAGUUAUACGUAGCAUUAUCAAGAGCUACCAGCCCUUCAGCGCUAAAAAUACUGCGUUCCCAACCAAAAAGAUAA